CCUCACAAAGCCUGUCUGGACUCUCCACUCAUCCUGAUAAACAGCUGCUUACCAUUUCAGGGGGAACUUCUCAGAAAGAAGGGGAAAAAAACGAGGUUUUCUUUGGACCUCCUCUUGAAACGGGACUUUUGUCUGUGGACGGUCGGAUUUGGAGUCCUGCAACGCUGCAAAACGCACCAAAUCUGGACUCUUGACUUUUUUUUUUUUUUUUUUUUUUUGCGUAAUGCUCAGCCGUCCUCGGUUCAACAUCUGGAUUAACUAUUGGAAGUCGGGUCUGACGGCGCUGUGCUCUUCACCAAACUUCAGCAUUAAAGCAGAACUGCCUCCUUCUUCCUCUUCUUCUUUGUGUUUUACUGUGGAGUUCAGCCUGACAACCCGAGUGCCUGCGCGUAGAUUAUGUAUUCUUUAAAAUGGGUGCGAACAAUGGAAAACAGUAUGGAAGCGAGGGUAAAGGGAGCUCAAGCAUCUCCUCGGACAUAAGCUCGAGCACAGAUCACACACCAACUAAAGCUCUGAAGAAUGUGGCUACCACUGAAGGUUUGGAGAGCAGCACCAGAACACUAAGCACCCCAAGCCCAGGUCUGAUCUUGCCGUCCAAGUCCUCCUCCCUCUCCUCACCCGCCCUUUCAAGCAAUGGCCACGAAACGAACUCCUCGUCCUCCUCCUCUGCCCACACUGAAACGGUGGCCGUGAUUCACCCGCAGCCCGGCGUCCACACUCGCUCCAGGCAGUCCAAAACCCACCACUACGCCCCCAUCAACCUGCUCCCCGACCACACCCUCCUGCAGAUCUUCUCCCACCUCCCGACCAACCAGCUCUGCCGAUGUGCGCGCGUGUGCCGCCGCUGGUACAACCUGGCGUGGGACCCCCGGCUGUGGAGCACCAUCCGGCUCACGGGGGAGCUGCUGCACGCCGACCGCGCCAUCCGGGUCCUGACCCACAGGCUGUGCCAGGACACGCCCAACGUGUGCCUGACUUUGGAGACGGUGGUGGUCAAUGGCUGCAAGAGGCUCACCGACCGCGGGCUGCACAUUCUGGCCCAGUGUUGCCCGGAGUUGCGACGCCUGGAGGUUGCCGGAUGUUAUAACAUCUCGAACGAUGCUGUGUUUGAGGUGGUGUCCCGCUGCCCCAGCCUGGAACACCUGGACCUCUCAGGUUGCUCUAAGGUGACCUGCAUCAGCCUCACCCAGGAGGCCUCGCUCCAGCUGUCCCCCCUGCACGGCCAGCAGAUCUCCAUCCACUUCCUGGACAUGACUGACUGCUUUUCGCUCGAGGACGAGGGCCUGCGAACGAUCGCCUCCCACUGCCCUCGCCUCACUCACCUGUACCUGCGCCGCUGCAGCAGACUCACAGACGAGGCCCUGCGCCACUUGUCCCUCCACUGCCCCUCCAUAAGGGAGCUGAGCCUCAGCGACUGCCGCCUGGUGGGGGACUUUGGCCUGCGGGAGGUGGCGCGCCUGGAGGGCUGCCUGCGCUACCUGAGCGUGGCCCACUGCACCCGAAUCACGGACGUGGGCGUCCGCUACGUGGCCCGCUACUGCCCCAGGCUGCGCUACCUGAACGCGAGGGGCUGCGAGGGGCUGACGGAUCACGGUCUGGGCCACCUGGCCAGGAGUUGCCCCAAACUGAAGUCUCUGGACGUGGGCAAGUGCCCGCUGGUGUCGGACAGCGGGCUGGAGCAGCUGGCCAUGUACUGCCAAGGCCUGAGGCGGGUGAGCCUCCGAGCGUGCGAGAGCGUGACGGGCAGGGGACUCAAAGCGCUGGCGGCAAACUGCUGCGAGCUGCAGCUGCUCAACGUGCAGGACUGCGAGGUGUCACCCGAAGCCCUGCGCUUCGUCCGGCGCCACUGCCGCCGCUGCAUCAUCGAGCACACAAACCCGGCUUUCUACUGACACCCGACAGUCGCUGAUCCGGCAGGCGUGCGUCUUUUUUUUUAAAACCCCGCUCAGUGGCGGCAGAUCUUUGAAAAUUCUUCAGCAGAAUGUAUUUAACAUAUUUAUCUGUAAAAAGGCGGAAAUAUACAGUAUUUCACUUAGGUGACAUCUUCCCCAAUAUAAUUAGCAUUGUAACGACACUGAGCACUGAGUAAAGUCGCGUUAGCUUUUUAAGCCUAUUCAUGUGUAUUUUACUUUAAAUUCAACAUCAGUUGUAGGCCAUAUCAUGCAAUCUCUAUUUAUAGACACAUUUCAUCGAAGGAGAUCACAGAGAAUGUAGCAAACGAGCAGGAACAAGUAACCAAAGUGUUGAUGUCUAUGUGUUCUGUGCAGAUGCACUUUACGCAGUUGCGCUGACAAUCAUUUCAGCUGAGCUCAGACUCAAAAUUGACAUUUUUUUGCGUUUGUCAAAGUUCAAGUUUCUCUUGCAUGAGAGAGAAAGAUGUUCUCCGUUAUGAGACGAAUGUCGGAAACGAACAGGGACGCUUUGCUGCUAGAACUGUGCCAAUAAAUUUCUUCCAAAAUGCCA